AUGGACGUGCUUAGACGCUUCCUAAACGAGGUUGAAAUUCUGGAAGAAUUUUAUAGCAACCUAGAACUAGAGGUGAUGCAAAAAUGUGAAGACAGGAUUAAGGAAGCAUCAGCUGCUGAUGAGACACUAUCUUACACAAUGUUCGAGUUCGUUGGAGAACUUAGUCUUCUCAUAAAGAAUGCAUCGGAUAAAGAUAUCGAGUUUACGAGGUUGGUAGGAGCAGUUGUCAAUGAAGCUAUAGAGGGUGCAAAAGGUUACCUAGGGCUGGAUUCAAUGGAGGAAUCUGAAGCUGGAGAAGAUAUAGACAGCAAUGCGUACAUCGCCGGAUGUUCAGGUGUCUCUGACCUAUGCGACGUUAGCGAACUUAAUUUGGAUACGUGA